GGCACCAACGGGCGGCACGGUGGUCGGCGAAUUCACAUCAAAAUGGCCGCAUUUUAGUCUACCAGGUCUACAGACUUGAUUUUCUUUGCUGUUUGCCAAUAGCCGUGAAUAGGGCCUGACAGUGUUCGAAGAAGUAUUAUCGCCCGUUUCGCCGGAAAUUUCUACGUCGAGGUAGCUGAAAUUUUUCGCGAAAUAGGACAAACUUAGAUUCUUCAGGGUGGAUUUCGAUACGAUGUUACGGCAUCAACAUCACACGAUGAUGCAAAACCAAUAUGCAGAACCUAACAGAGUAGGAGGACCGAUGCGGCCCAUGCAACCGCCAAACUUAGCUCUACCCCAUCAACCGCCCCCACAAAUGCAAACGCAUCGAAAUCUACAUGGCCCCCAUCACCAACAUAUACUGUCUAUGCCCCCCCAUCCACAGCAGCACGUGCACCAAAUGCAACAUGCCGGGAAACCCCAUCGGAACCCGCGUCCGCCGUUGUUGAUGGGUGGAAAUUCACAAAAUGGCACCAUGGUCAACGUUGGAAUGAAAGAGCAGAACGUGGCGACUCUUCGCAAUCAAAAUAUUCAGCAGACACAGUACGAUACCCAACAAAACAUUCAAGAACAACAACAACAGCAACAACAAAACAGUGAAAAAAACAAAUCACCGACUAACGAAGACAAAGAAGAGUCGACGGACCAGAAUCCUGAGGUUGCGGAGGAAAAAGGAAAGCAGGAUCAUGAAAACGUGACCAAUUCAAACUUGGCAAACACGAAAGAAAAAACACCGAUGUGUUUGGUGAACGAGUUGGCGAGAUUUAACAAGAUCCCACAUCAGUACAGACUCACCAACGAACAAGGGCCGGCCCACAAGAAAGAAUUCACCGUACUGUUAAGACUGGGAGAAGAAGAAUACGUUGCUCAAGGACCUAGCAUCAAAAAGGCUCAACACAGCGCCGCUGCGGAAGCCUUAGAGAAAUCGUGGUAUAAGACCCCACCACCUAAAUCCGCAAGAACUAUGAGAAUCGGUCAUCCUGGAAAGUGGCCUGCCGGGCGUUUACCACCGACCGUUGAACUGAACACUCUGGCAAUGAAAAGAGGAGAGCCUACGGUAUACACAUUUAGACACGCUCCGCCAGCAGCGCCGCAGCCUUUUGUCACUCACGGCUUUAAUAACUUUCCACGAAUUUACAAUGCUCGCUAUCCGACGUACAAUCGCGGGUUUCAUACCGAGCCCCAAGGACUGUAUCUCGUCACCUUGAAGGUCGGAGAACGCGAAUUUACCGGCAAAGGCAUGACCGGUCAAACGGCUCGCCACGAUGCAGCCAGUCGUGCCCUGGAACAAUUGCGACAAUUGCCGUUGCCGGAAGAAGCAUCGAACACUUGCGCGGUUAGCGAGAACGGAACGGUCAGUGGAAUCGACGACCCCAACGCCGAGCUGAAGAGCCCGGUGUCGCUUGUUCACGAGACGGCACUGAAACGCGGACUGCCCGUUAACUUCGAGGUCAUCUACGAGACCGGAAAGCCUCACAUUCGCACCUUCAUGACCCGCUGUACCGUGGGAGAAAAGGUCACCGUUGGCGAGGGCUCCUCUAAGAAGGUAUCCAAAAAACGCGCUGCCGAAUUAAUGCUAGAAGAACUAAAACGACUGCCCCCUCUGCCCGUGAACGUCCAAAAUCGAUCUCUGCAAAGAUUGAAGCGCAAGCCGCCGGCAACCAAGAAGAAGCCCCGCAACCUGAUCAAGGUUCUGGAGGAAUCGCGUCCCGGGUCCGAAACCACCGAGGACGUCAAUCCUAUUUCUCGAUUAGUCCAGAUCCAACAGGGGAAGCGCGAACGAGACCCGGUAUACAAUUUAAUCGAAGAAAAGGGUGCCCCCAGACGCCGAGAGUUCGUAAUGGGGGUCACUCUGGGGAAGAAUUUUGCUCAAGGAUCGGGACCCAACAAAAAACUGGCCAAGAGGGCCGCCGCCGAGGCUCUCUUGGUCAAACUGGGGUACAACAAGCCGCAACCAUUGCCCACGAAAUCUUCCAUCAAAACGGGAGACAGCGAGAACUCUACCACCGAGGGCAAGCCUAGGAAGGUUACAUUUCUGGAAGACGAACGGCAGACCGAAAAGAAACAGCCUAACAUUGUUGGAGGUACAACCGGUCGACAAAUAGCUCCUGGACUGUUACUGGUAGACGGUGGACAAGAAUCGAAGCUCAUCGGUGGAGGGCCGAGUGUGCAGGUAGUCGCUGAGAAAUUGCGCGGCCAGCAACAGCAACGCGCGUCACUGGGCUUGCCGCCAAAGGACCGACUCACGUAUCUGGCUCAACUGCUAGGAUUCCACGUCAUGUUCACGGACUUCCCAAAGGCUCUCUACAAGGGAUACCUGUCGCUCGUGUCGCUGAGCACCGAUCCACCCCAGGUGUGCCACGGGCACGGACCGACCAAAAGUGCCAGUCGCGAUCAGGCUGCUCUCACGGCCUUACGAACCCUCAGCAAGCUGGGUCUCGACAACGUUUCCCCAACCCAACCCAAAAAAGAUAAAGGUGCGUCCGGGGACGGAAUGCACGUCGGUAACCAAGUUAAGACCAACAUGCUGAACGGCGCCGUCGACAAGUAACACCCCGGAUCUUGACAAGUUGCAUUCUACUGGCUGCUCGUCGGCCGAAUACCAACCGUGGGAAGGCACGUCGACUUCGGAACCUGUACAAAACUGUCUUCUUCGUAGAGACAUGAAGGACCAAUAUCGGAGUUUUUCAUUUUCGCACGUUUAAACGUUAGUCCGAUGAUUCAGGAACGAACGGUUGGUGCUCGACCGGCGAACGCGGCGACUUGGGAAGGGAAAAAAAAAGUCUUCGAGGGCCAAAUACGGCUUAAAAUUCCCGAAGAGACGGGCACCUUGGGCGUCGGAGGUGUCUCUUUGAAUGUUCGUAAUAUGGGAAAAAUCCGAGAUGAAAUGCGGCCAUCUUAUAAUUCGUCAUUGACACGAAUGCAAACUAUAUCUAAUUACCUAACGCUGUCGCAACGAUGGAUCGAGAGACGAUUGUACGAUAAUUUCGUCGGCACGGACUAAAGAGGCUUUACGCGGAAUCAUUUGUUUCGGCGAGACUGAUUCUCGCUCAUCUUUGACCUUGAUCUUUCUUUUUUACACGUAUAUAUAUAGGGAAACGGAUUUUAAUAGGGAACUCGAAUUUUGAGUUGCGACUCGACGCGAAGAGUAGCUAAAAAUCAGGUGUACAGAAAAUUUAAAAGACUCGAAGCGGCGAAGGGAGGAGGAUAGGUAAUUUGAUGUACGUUAUAUUUCUGUCGUCCCCAAUUUGCUUUUCCACGGGGCCUGGAAGCAUUCUGGGGUGUAUUCGCGUUAAUGUCUUGUCACGCGUUAACGGACGAAUGGGUAUUGAAAUUUUCAAUAGCUUAACCUACCACCGAAACGUUCCUGCGUGGUGUUGGAAAUUUCAAUCGAGUCGAGCGAGUCUACACCCUCGACAGUUUGUCUCGCUGUGUCGCGAAAGUCGCCAAGUCGAAGCGAAGCUUUCUCCGGAAACGCGAAGAUAACGGAAAAUCGAUGCAAGAAAAGAGAGGGAAAAAAAAAAGUGGCAUAUGAUAAUGGAUCUAAGUAAUUUUGGAGCUCGGCACAAGUUCUGGCCCGACGGGACGCGUUUACACACGUUACAUUUUGGUUACUUCGUCCCGUAAAAGGUUUUUCCAUUUUUACAUCUCAGGGUUUCGUGCCGACGCUCCUCAAUAAUCCUACCUUAUAUUCAUUAUUCGUAUUAUAUAGUCUGAAGAAUAUUGAUUAAAAAUUAAAAUACCACGUUCACUUUCUCCCCCGCCCCCCGCCCCACCCGUUUUUUUUUUUUCGUUUUUUAAACUACGGUUUUCUUAUUUUCCAUCGAAGCAUGACGAAGCUUAGUUCGGGUGUUUCAACGUUCAUUUGCAUUCUUUAUUUUUCGUCGGUCUCUACGACUCGUCAGCCUUAUCAGUUCGUUAACAGUUCACUCGGGAACGUGAGUCGAUGAAUGUUCCUUUUUUCCCAGAUAUCGCUUCAUAGCUCUUAGGAGGGCUGUCACUCGGACAACGUUCGUUACUGUAACUUUUAGCGAUAGGAUACAAUACCGACAAAUAGUUGCGCGUCCCGGGGGCGAGGAGAAAAAGCUUUACAGAAUUUUGGAGGUGAAUCUCGUGCGUUUAAUUUUCAUUAAUUUCGCCGCUCUCUCGUUACGAAGGCCAAUAACGCUAUUGGGAUUUUCUCGUUGCUGGGAAUUUCGAGAACGUCGCGGCGAAAAAAAAAA